GGAGGAAUCUACGUAUUUCAAUUGAUUGACCACUAUGCUGCCACAAUCUCCAUAAUGUAUCUUGCCUUUUUUGAAGUGAUUGCCAUUUCCUGGAUUUAUGGCGCUCGAAGACUAAGUCAGAAUGUAAAAACAAUGACUGGGAGGCAUCCUGGAAAAUUCGUAAUGUUCUGCUGGACGAUCGCAACUCCAUUGAUGAUAUUAGCUUUAUGGAUUUUUCUGAUAGUAGAUUAUGAACCUCCUACUUACAACAACGGGGUAUACCACUAUCCUGGAUGGGCAAUUGCUAUUGGCUGGAUUGUCGCCUCAAUUUCUAUAUUCUGUAUACCAAUUUAUAUGGUGGCCGUAUUCUUGAGAGCUCCUGGAUCAAAUCUUCUUGAGAAACUGAAGAAUUCGAUCAAAUCGGACAUUGUAGAAAGAUGUCCUAAAUGUGACGAAACAGAUUGUGAUUGCUUCCUGAAAGAUGAAGAAAUGGAACAAAUGCUUGUUAUGCGUCCAACUGGUGAUGUACUCACAGGCGAUAACUCCGUACCUCUAACAGCACUUUUUCCUGUUGCCAGUUCUCCAAAUCUACAGGCGAAAGAUGCAGCUCAAAUCAAUAACCACGAAGAAACGUUCAGUCAAUACGAUAAUGUGAAUGGAAUUAGGAGUAACGAGAUGUAAAAUAACUAGAAAUAUAAUCUUUCUUUUCUUUCCAAAUCAAUAAAAAUGCCUGUUUCACAUUCUUA